AAGGGGGCAGGCAGCUGUGCAGGUCCUGGGCCCACACUCACAAUUGGAGGAAGGAAUUCAGGAAGUGCUCACGGCUACUCAGACAUCUCGGAGCCUUGUCCCAAGCAGGACAAAGGCUGCAGCACCCAGGGAUGAGUGGGCCAUGGCCUGGCCUGUGGGGUGGCCCCCAUGUCAGGAGGCCACGGCACCGCGUACAGCCAGCGCUGUCACUUGGGGAAGCCCGGGCCCCAUGUAGAAAAGGAGGCCGAGUCAAAGGGACCGCAGCCCCUGCCGAAGGCCCCAUGGCCCUCGUGGUGCCCCUGCAGUGCCCCCAGCCCGACCUUGCCCAGGGUGGAAGAGCCGCGACUGAGUGAGAGGAUGCAGCCCUUCUGGCGGACUUACUCAGCGGCCUGGCCUGGCUCAGCCCUCACCCGGAGCGGCCAAGUGGAGAACCCGACUGCGCAGGGCUGGAACGGCGCGGGUGUGCGUGGGUGUGGGCCCCUCCGUGUCCGGGGAGUCUUGAGCUCACAUCUUUCAGGACAGCUCUUCUUCCAGAAGCUGCCAGUGGAGUUGACCACGGCUCUUGGGAUCCUGGCCAGAGGCUUAGAAAACAGUAACAGACAGCAGCUGAGGUCUGAUGGCGCAAUGCGGAGUGCCCGCCGGCCUGGUGGGGCCGUGACCCGGGGCCUCAGACCGGCAUCUGCUAGGAGCCCACAAGGAGUGCGGCUGGAAGAGCAGGGCGCCUGCUACCCCCCAGAGCCCCCUGUUUCGGGUGGGGAGCUGAGGCUCUAAGACUCGGCCCUGGUUGCUCAGCAGGUCACCUGCCACACGGGGCCAUGGAAACAGCAGUGAUUGGCGUGGUGGUGGUGCUGUUUGUGGUCACCGUAGCCAUCACCUGCCUCCUCUGCUGCUUCAGCUGUGACUCGAGGACCCAGGAUCCUCAGGGGGGCCCUGGCCGCAGCUUCACAGUGGCCACGUUUCACCAGGAGGCUUCUCUCUUCACGGGGCCGGGUCAUCAUGCCCAGCCGCCGGUGGCGGGUGCCCGGGACUUCUGGACCUUCAUGUGAGGCCUCACAGUCCCCAGGAUUUGUUCUGCUGGUGGGUCAGACCCACUCACCCCCCAGUAAGCCUUCCCUGGUGUCCCACUCCUCCAAGGCUGUAUUGGGCGAACUCCCCGUCCCAGCCCAGCCCAGAUUGCUGUGCCCGCCAGCCUGGGAGAUCUGCAGGGCUGGGACCAUGUGGAAUUCAGCUCCGAGCCCUGAGAGUUCAGCUGGACCCUGCCCACAGGCUGGGGCCUAGGAGAGGCCUGAAGAGUGAGUGACUGACUGGGUAAAGUCGGAUGGAACUGAGGCCAGCUCUUCUGAUUUACCGGGGACUGCAAUAUCACUGGAGCUGACUGGGCACAGAGCGCUAGUUCGCUCAGGUUACCCCAGCGUGCCCGUACAACUGGUUCUAUUGCCACCAGAAGAAACAGUGCCCCCAAGUGGACAUUUUUACAUUUUUAUCUGCCCCUUUGAUCGAGUCGUUCGGUUCCUUGCAAGGGCACAUUGCACAGAAUCCAACCCUGAGACCUGUCCCCUGCCGGUUGCCUGAAAUCAGACCUGCAAUUCUGCAACCAAAGGGCUGCUUCCUUGGGAACAAGUGAUUUAUUUUAUAAUUGAAAAUGUAUAUCCUUAGGGCGCCUGGGUGGCUCAGUUGGUUAAGCAACUGCCUUCGGCUCAGGUCAUGAUCCCGGGGUCCUGGGAUCGAGCCCCGCAUCAG